AUGAAUGAAGUUGACAAUCCUCAUUCUUCUGAUGAUGGUAUAAUGAGAGAUAUCAUGGAUGGAGAAUUUUUCAGAAACCAUCCAAUAUUUUCCAAAAAUAAUAAAGCCCUACAGCUUCUUGGUUAUUAUGAUGACUUAGAAUUAGCAAAUCCAUUGGGAUCCAAGGCAAAGAUUCACAAAAUUGGUGUUUUCUAUUACAUGCUUGGGAAUAUACGACCAUUAUAUCGGUCCUCGACAAGAACAAUUCAGUUGCUUUCUAUUGCGAAGACCUCUGACUUGAAAUUGUAUGGCAUAAAUGCAUUACUUGCGCCAACUGUUGAAGAAGUUAACAAAUUAACUAAGGAGCAAGGAUAUAGCUUUAUCAUUGAUGGUGUUGAAAGAAAGUUUCAAGGGGAUCUACUCCUUUGGAGUGGGGAUACUUUAGCAAGUCAACAGAUUGCAGGGUUUAAAGAGGGAGUUGGAGGUGCACUUCGCUUUUGUAGGUCUUGCCUGGCAACAAGAGAAGAGAGUAAUGAACAGUUCAGAUCAGAGAACUUUCAGCCAAGAACCUUAAAUACCCACAUCCAAAUUUGCCACAUGUUGGAUGAUCCAGAAAAUAGCAGUCAUGUGAAAGAUCGCAUUUCAACAACUUAUGGUGUUAAUGGAAAGUCGGUGUUGGUCAAUGCUGGAAACUUUGAUGUUUGUCAAUGCUUCCCACAGGAUAUUAUGCAUGUUCUGUUUGAAGGUGUUAUUCCAUACGAAAUGAAGCUACUACUUAAGGUUAUAGUAGAUGAAAAGAAGUUCAUUUCCCUAAAGGAAUUAAACCACAGAAUAGAAAGUUUUGAUUAUGGUUACAUGAAUGCAAAGAACAAGCCAUCACAGAUUGUCCGGGAGACUGUGAACUCUUCUGAUUCAAAACUUAAGCAAAGUGCUUCACAGAUGUGGUGCCUUUUCAGAUUCUUUCCAAUAAUCGUGGGGGAUCUGAUUGACAAGAAUUUAAAGGAGUGGCACUGUUUUUUACAAUUAUGGAAUAUUGUUCAAGUUUGCACAUCCCCUGCUAUAAAGGAAGAAGAUGUACCUUAUUUAAAGGUUUUAAUUGAGGAACACCACAGGAGUUUUAAAGAGAUUUACCCAAAUACAUCUAUUAUACCUAAGAUGCAUUAUUUGAUUCAUAUACCUGAUGAUAUGUCUAGGUAG